AUGACUUAUCUCUCUCAAGAGGCAGAGCGGCCAAAGCGUACUGGCUCAGUUCCUGGUCAUUUGGUGAUCAAUCGCGGGAGAGAAGAAGGUAAUUCUCGACUUUACCAUGACUAUUUUUCUGAUAACCCUACAUAUGGUGCAAACCUAUUCCGUAGAAGGUUCCGGAUGCAUAGGAGUUUAUUCCUUCGUAUAGUCGAGGCGGUACGAGAGCAUGACAACUUCUUCGUACAGAAGAUGGAUGGUGUCGGCAAACUUGGGCUAUCAACUUUACAAAAAGUUACAUCGGCAUUUCGCAUGUUGGCGUAUGGAACAUCAUCAGAUAGUACUGAUGAAUAUGUUAGGAUCGCAUGGUCAGGACAAUACUCAGGCCGUCAUGGAGGCCCAACCAUUAUUCUUGAGGCAGUAGCAUCAUAUGAUCUAUGGAUAUGGUAUUGCUCCUCCUGCUCAUUACACAAUUCAAGGAAAAAUGAUGUCGGCUAUUAUUUGGCCGAUGGCAUAUAUCCGAAAUGGCCAACACUUGUUAAAACUAUUUCUAAUUCCGAUGAUAAAAAGAAACAAUAUUUUACAAUGAUGCAAGAAGCAUGUCGAAAAGAUGUUGAGCGGGCAUUCGGUGUUCUCCAAUCACGAUUUGCUAUCAUCAAGGGGCCAGCCCGUUUUUGGGAUAAACGAACUUUGCAUGAUAUCAUGACUGCUUGUAUUAUAAUACACAAUAUGAUUGUCGAAGAUGAAUGCGACGAGCAAGAAGAUAUUGUCAUUUUAACUCCACAAUCAAUUCCGAAUGCUGAAAAUAUGGAGAUAACGGAAACUGAACGAUUCCAACGGUUCCUUGCUCGACAUAAGAGGUUGAAAAACAAAGAAGCUCAUUUUGCACUUCGAAAUGCAUUGAUUGAACAUUUGUGGGAAAGACAUGGAAAUGAAGCGAUGUAA